GACCGAUGGCGGAAGUCAACGAGAUUUCUUUUACGUUAUUGCGAGUGAAAACGUGCGAUACUCGCGCGAUGAUGCGACGACAAAUGUGUGAAAGGUGAAUCGCUCGAAAGUUGUAGCUAAAAGUAAUUUUAGCGCGGAUAUUCGCUUCGAUAUUCAAACUAAACGGCGUUGUUACUUUCUAAAAUUAUACUUUUCGCCCAGAAUUUAGUACGAGAAAAGAUAGGAAAUUAUUAUGCAAUAUCGACGUUAAUGUACGUAUAUAAAAAUGUUGCACGAGGAAUUAGGGAAUUGGGUAUAACACGUCAGCGAGUACAGAGAAAACGUUACGGACUGCUUUCUCGAGUUUGAGUCGGAUCGUUCAGACCGACAAUCGAUCGUCGAGUGUCAGUCGGCGAGAUUAAGUAAUCUCGGACGGUUCUGUGCAUCGUCGGUCGAACGUGUUUUUCACGAGAAAAGCGACGUUCUUGGCUAAACUUGGAAAAUCGUCGGGGUGGGGGGAAAGUCGGGAGAACUGGAAGCGAAAAAAAGGUAGCUCGAAAUUGACUCGUCUCUCGACGAAUGACAGCGAACGCUUUAUUUCGGGACUAGUGUCUUCUCGAUGGUGACAAUCCGCGUGACCUGCGUUACAAAAAUGACGAAGUGUGCUUUUCCCGAAUAGUAAUCAGCGAGUUUGCGAAUUGGAUAUAAUCAGAUUUUUGUACAAGAGAUGCCAUAAUGAGGAAGAGCGGAAGAAGAACCUACCCGGAAACCGGAAGACACGGUUGGCCAAGGGACGCGUGGACGUCGAUGAACCUGCCCGAACGACAGAACAGCUACGUCUACGUCUCACCGAGUCAUUCUUUCGUUUACGCUUUGGACACCCCGAAUACUUUAACGUACGACCAUAAUUGCGUGCAGCAAAAAGUGCCCAGACAAGGGUCGCCGGGUAUGGCGAACGUCGUGCCGUGGCUGCUGUCGAUGUGCCUUCUCGGUGUUCAGGAGUUCGCGAGCCAGCCUGGAACCACCAAUGCGCUUUCACGUGAUCUUGAGGGAACGGGUCAGAGAGGUCUAUCUUCAGGAAUUCGUUCGUCCUUACGAAAUUACAAGACUUUGAUAUCGAGUCACGACGAGCUUCCUGGACACAUAAACUGUCCAGGCCACAUAGACACCCCUGCGACUGACGAAAAUUCAGUGGAUAGAUUGCCCACGACUCCGGAGUACAACAACCACCUUUACGGCUCGACGCCAGACUCGAGCGAUUACUUUGCUCGAUCCUUCGAGAGGGUCAGAGCUCGCUCGAGGCCGUCCGGAAGGAACCUGAACCUAUUUAAGACGGACUCCAUUACGGUGAACCAGCUCGAGUCCCACGGGUUCAAUUACGAUCCGGGCCGAGGUCACGUAGAGGACGAUUACGUUGGUCCUGCCAUGGAACUCGUAUACGCCUGGUCCACCGUCGAUUUUACGUACGACAGCAUCGAGGCACGGGAUUCGGCCAUCUACGACGGAGACUUCGUCGCCGAGAACAAUCUGCCGCUUGGUCUCGACAUCUGGAGAGACAAGGUUUUCAUCACGCUCCCGAAAUGGAAGAACGGUAUCCCAGCGACGUUGGCCACUGUGCCGAAGCCCUCCAAGACGAAGAGCCCGAAGUUGAAGCCUUAUCCCGACUGGGGAUGGCAUCGAACAGACAAUUGCGAAGGCCUAACGUCCGUCUUCAGGGUCGAAGUAGACGAGUGCGAUCGUCUGUGGGUCCUGGACUCCGGGAAAGUGGACAUAGCGAGCGGUGGCAAGAAAGUUUGUCCCCCAGCGAUCUUCGUCUUCGACUUAACCACCGACAGCCUCGUCAGGAAGUACGUACUCCCGGAUGACCAAGUGAAAGAGGACUCCCUGUACACGAACAUCGUGGUGGACAUCAGGAACGAGGACUGCGAGUCAGCGAUAGCCUACGCGUCGGACGUGUUCAGGUACGGACUGGUGGUGUACGAUUUCCUCAAGGACUCCUCGUUCAGGGUCCAGCACCACUUUUUCUUCCCCGAUCCUCUGGCGUCCAAGUACGAGCUCCACGGAGUGAAGUUCCAAUGGACGGACGGGAUCUUCGGGCUGGCGUUGAGCCCUGUGGACAUCCACGACGACAGGACGUUGUUCUUCCAUCCCAUGUCCAGCUUCAGGGAGUUUGCCGUGUCCACGUCCGUCUUCAGGGACAAGAGGACAGCGGAACAGAGCACGGACUACUUCAUGCCGAUCGGUAGACCAAGAGCCAAGGACUACGGGCACUCGUCCGGAUCUGUCGUGGACAGAAACGGUGUCAUGUUCUUCAACAUGGUCACCCGGGACUCCGUCUGGUGCUGGGACACCAGGAAGGAGUACAUCCCACAAAAUCUCGGGGUGAUAGGCACCAGCAACUUGUCGUUGGUGUUCCCGAACGACAUCAAAGUCGAUCACGAUUACGAACAGAACGUCUGGAUCAUCUCGAACAGGCUGGCCAUGUACCUUUACGAGAAGAUCGACAACAGCAAGAUCAAUUACAGGGUGUUCAAGGCGAACGUGAAGGAGGCCGUCAAGGACACCGUCUGCGACCCUGGCUACGCCGUGCCUGGACCGGAGCACGGCUACGACGAGACUUGUUGAACGUCGUUCCGAACGAGAGCUUAGAUUCGAGAAAAGACUUGCAAGGAGUACGUGGAAAGCAUCAGAUAUACAGUGGAGCUCGUUAAUCCGGGACCUGGUACUUAAACUCCAUUCUCAAAAUUGAUUACUCACGCUGAACCUUCGGUCUGUUUUAUCAUCAUUUAUUUCAAUCCUUUGUGCGCGCAGCUGACAAAAUACCAACACUUCAUCGCUAAAGAUCUCCGAUUUCCUUUCGAUGUAACUUACAACACGACUGACAAAUGUAAACAAAACAAAAGUAUAAAGGUGUAAAAUAUAUUUUUUAUUAGUUGUAACUUAAACGGUGUUCGUACAUUUUCGAACCGAUAAGAAAAUUUACAAUCCGACUAAAUAUUUCUUAUGCGUUCUAUAAACGCUACCGAAAAAAAGGAACAUGGAGUAAUUUUUAUCAACAUAAGGAACGAAAUAAACUUUCAGUCUCUUCACGAACAACAAAUAAACGGUACAAACUGUAAAUACAAAUUCAAAUUCGAACAUCAAAUGUAGUACAUUUUUUGAAAACACCGUUCCAACGGAACUCGCUCUACAAAACGCUACAAAGAGAAAGAACGAAAAAUAGAAAAAUAACUUGAAAAUACGA